GACAAAAUGAAAUCUCUCAGUGGGUUUUUGUUUUUCUUGAUAAUAGCUUUUGCCAUUCUUCAAUCAGUCCACGCUCAAAAUCAAUCAGGAUUUAUCAGCUUGGCUUGUGGAUUAAUCCCUAAGAGUGCAACCUAUACGGAGAAGACAACGAAUAUAACAUACAUAUCAGACGCGGACUUUAUUGACAGUGGAAUCGUCGGGAGGAUCGAUGAUUCAUACAAGACACUGUUUCAACAACAGACUUGGACCUUAAGAAGCUUCCCUGAAGGUCAGAGAAACUGUUACACUUUCAACCUUAAAGAGAACAGUAAAUAUCUGAUCAGAGGAACUUUUGUGUACGGAAAUUAUGACGGUCUUAAUCAGAUGCCUGAGUUUGAUCUUCACGUUGGUCCUAAUAAAUGGACUUCUGUUACACUUGAAGGAGUAGCAAAUGCUUCGAUCUACGAGAUCAUCCAUGUUGUAGCACAUGAUCGGCUUCAAGUUUGUCUUAUCAAAAUCGGAGAAACGACACCGUUUAUAUCGUCCUUGGAACUUCGUCCGUUGAACAACAAUACGUACCAGUGUUUCACAAAAAAAAAAGAGAACAACAAUACGUACCUAACUCAUGAAUCCCUGAUGUCGUUCGCUAGAAUUUACUUUCCGCAGACUCCAUCUUUCCUCAGGUAUGAUGAAGACGUCCAUGACAGAGUUUGGGUUCCAUACAAAAAUAACAAAACCGUGUCGUUAAGUACUAAUCUUACAAUCGAUACAAGUAGUGGUUCUUACAAUGUGCCUCAACAUGUGGCAAACUCCGCAAUUUUUCCUGCAAAUGCUUCUCAUCCUCUCAACAUAUGGUGGGAUAUUGGCGACACCAAUGCACACUCAUAUAUAUACAUGCAUUUCGCAGAAAUUCAGAAUCUUGGCUCUAAUGAGAUCCGAGAAUUUAACAUUACUUACAACGGUGGUGAGGUUUGGGAAAGUUUCUUUAGACCUCACAAACUCAAGAUCACAACUAUCUUUAGUCGAACAGCUUUGAGUUCUUCAGAUGGGAAAUUCAAUUUCACUUUUACAAUGACUGAAAGCUCUACUCUUCCUCCACUUAUCAAUGCCCUUGAGGUCUAUACAGAUGUGGAAAAUUUGCUGCUCGAGACUCACCAAGAUGAAGUUUCUGCUAUGAUGAACAUCAAGAAAACAUAUGGAUUGAUGAAUAAAAAAAUAAGCUGGCAAGGGGAUCCAUGUUCUCCUAAAACUUAUCGAUGGAAAGGCGUGAAGUGCCUUUAUCUGAACUCUGAUCAGCCUCGCAUCAUAUCCUUGAAGUUGGCAGCGAGUGAUUUGAACGGUGCCAUAACACCUGAUAUAGCUGGCCUAACACAACUGAGAGAACUAGAUUUAUCAAAGAAUGAUUUAUCAGGAGAGCUUCCAGAUUUUCUUGCUGAUAUGAAGUUGUUGACACUCAUAAACUUAAAGAGAAACCCUAAGCUGAAUCUCACAAUUCCUGAUUCUCUUCAACAUAAGAUAGAUGACAAAGUUUUAAUACUACUUAUAGAUGAAAAACUGGGUAGAAAGUUUCCUUUGGUUGCUGUCACGGUAUCGGUGGUGGCUGGCGUGAUCACUUUACUAGCUAUCUUUACCAUAUGUUUCAUUGUCGCAAGGAAAAAACAUAGUGAAGUCCCUAGUAAUAUUAAUAGUGAGACGAGAUCAACCAAUCAAUCAAUCAGAACAAAGGAACGAAUAUACACGUAUUCUGAGAUACUAAAGAUGACGAAUAACUUUGAGAGAGUUCUUGGUAAAGGAAGCUAUGGAAGAGUGUAUUAUGGAAACUUAAAUGGUACUCAAGUAGCUGUGAAAAUGCUCUUUCAUACAUCAGCUUCCCACGACUAUAAUCAUUUCAAAGCAGAGGUUGAAUUUCUUUCAAGAGUUCACCAUAGAAAUUUGGUGGGACUUGUGGGUUACUGUGAUGAUGGUGAAAACUUGGCUUUGAUUUAUCAGUACAUGGCCAAUGGAGAUUUAAAGGAGAAUAUAUCAGGAAAAAGCGGUGGACAUGUUCUAACUUGGGAGAACAGACUGCUAAUAGCGAUGGAAGCUGCACAGGGAUUGGAGUAUCUACACAAUGGAAGUGUACCUCCCAUAGUCCAUAGAGAUGUGAAAUCUACUAACAUAUUGUUGAAUGAGCUGUUUGAAGCGAAGCUAGCUGAUUUUGGGCUUUCUAGAUCUUGCCCGGUGGAAUCAACAGUAGUUGCAGGAACACCUGGUUACUUAGAUCCUGAGUACUACAUAACAAACUUGCUAAGCGAGAAGAGUGAUGUGUACAGCUUUGGGAUAGUGCUAUUAGAGAUCAUAACAAACCAGGCUGUGAUUGAUACAACCCGAGAGAGAUCUCACAUUACAAAUUGGGUUAGAUUCAUGAUCGGGAAAGGAAACAUUAAGAAUAUUAUUGACCCAAAACUGAUGGGAGAUUUUGAUACAAACGGUGUGUGGAAGGCUAUUGAGUUGGCUAUGACUUGUGUAAACCCAACCUCCAACCAUAGACCAACAAUGCCACAUGUUGUGAUGGAGCUAAAUGAAUGUCUGGAGUCUGAAAUUUCCAGGAAACAAGGGAGACAAGUGAUGUGUUUUGAAGAUUCUAUUGACUUUAAUUUAUCUCCUGGUUCUGAAAGCCCUCCUAGACCGAGGUGA